CUCGUUAAGCUGGUGACGUCACCUCGUCUUCACCACCGAAGUGCGCUGGGUUGGGUUGGCUUUCUCUCUCAUCCAUACGCCUGAGGGCACGAGCAGCGGGAGGGAAGCCGUCCGCCAUCCAUGGUUCUCAGCACCUUCACUGGCCCCGGCAUCGGGAUAGGUUUCGGGGUCGGCUGCGGGUUCGGCGUCGGAUGGGGGUUCGGAGGAAUGCCUCUGAAUGUGUUUGGCUUGGGCAUCGGUGGGGGAUGUGGAGUUGGUCUUGGGCUAGGAUGGGGCUUUGGCAAUGCUUAUGGUUGUCAGUAUCGAUCUUCAAGAGUCCAGUUUCAGGGCAUUGAAUUUCAGAAGAAGGCUGAAGGAGAUGAAGCACCGAAGCUUGCUGAAAAGUCUCGUCCUUAUGGCUAGUAUGCCUGUCGCCAUAUAAUUCGCAGAAGCCAUGUUCCGUGUGUCCUCCUCUGAAUUGCAAUUUAAUUACAUACCUGCAUGUUAUUUGGUAGCAAAGUUAUGCUACACUUAUUUUCUGUUCUGUUGUAACCAGAAUGAUGGUAAUGGACGGGAUUUUCAACUAGGAAAGAAUAACCCUAACUGGAGGCCUACAUGUUAUUCA